CAGUAGGCGCGUUCUCCCUAGUAUUUCCUAGGCAUCUCUACCAGUGAAGUAAAAUGUAGUUAGAAGGGUCGACAAAAUGGCGUUACUUCUAAGAACAUUGGCUCGGAGGGGUGUCUGUACGCCCUGCCCACGAUUUUGCCUCUACAGACAUGCGGUUCCCAUGGGUUCCUCUGCAAAAGAGGAAAUGGAUAAAUUUUGGGCCAAAAAUACUCGACUGAACCGACCGAUGUCGCCUCACAUUACAAUCUACAGGUGGUCCAUCCCCAUGAUGAUCUCCAUCACGCACAGGGGAACGGGCGUGGGACUAAGUGGAGGUAUUUCUCUGUUCGCUCUUGCUGCGUUGGUGUUGCCGGGAGACUACACCUCUCACCUGGAGCUGAUCCAUUCCCUGUCUCUGGGCCCUGCCCUCAUCACCGGCGCCAAGUUUGUCCUGGCGUUCCCUGUGAUGUUCCACACCUGCAACGGCAUCCGUCACCUGGUGUGGGACAUUGGGAAGGGCUUUAAGAUCCCGGAGGUGUAUCGCUCUGGCUACUCGGUGAUGGGCCUGUCGCUGAUCUUCUCAGCGUUGCUCGCUGCUCUCUAAGCUGCAGGAAGAGCAGUGGAAAAAUACUCGCUUUUAUUCGUGUGUGGAAAAACCGGUCUGUCUGCGCUUUACGUGUUCAUAAAUAAAGUAUCUGUACUACACUAUA